CGCGAUCAGCUCGACCGAGGCAAUCCGGCAUCCUUACGUAUGCUCGUUGCGUUCUUGACCGAUAUGGUGUUCUUCUCCCCGUAAUUAGUGACCCUGAUCGCGAGAUAGAGUCGAUCGCGAGAGCUAACACCGCGUGUCGCGUGAAGAGAGCUAGGUUCGAUCCCCGGACGGUUCGACCCCCUCUCGCUGUCUGUGACUGAACGAGAGCGAGCACGUCGGUUGCCGCUGGAUUCUCGAGGCAGUGUACCGUAAAAAGUUCGCGGAACACGGUGAAAACGCGAGUCGUCCGUUCCUCGCGCGUACGUAUAUACACGGUGCUUCACGCUCGACGACGUUUCAUCGCCUCUCACUAUUGGAGAGGGAAAAAGAGAGAAAGAAGAGAAGCUCUGAAGCGUAUCUGUAUCGUUGACACUCUGUCCGUUCGCUCGCGUCGAGAGCUACCUGCAAGUGACAACCCUCCGGAGGAAAGCCUAUCUCCUUCCUGUCCACCGAAGCUUAGCAGGACCCUUACGAUUCGAUGCGACUCGUACGAACGACAGUCGACGAAUGACGAGAAGGAAAGGGUCCCCGAUAGGGCCAGGUAACGAUCCGACCAAAGGAAAAUCGGAGUCGUAGGCGGGGCCUAAGGUCGGGGACACGUGACACGGAAACUGUCACGCCGCCCUUGUCCUCCCCUCCUUCACCCCCUCCACUCGACCGAAAAGCACCGAGCCAGCUAUACGAGCGCUGCUUCUACCAACCGACAGCGUGCCGUCGAACGCUUCUGUUCGUUCGUCGAGUCUUCGCUUCUUUAUUUCGAUCUGUUCCAUCGACCAAUUUUUUCACACUGGAUAUGAAAGCGCACGCUCUGCGAUUCCAAUGCUCCUGUAAGAACACAUGCGUUCGAACGACGCCAUCUCGUUUCUCUACGCCUGUCACGUUUAGAAUUUUACCAAUGACGCAUCGGAAGCAGUUUUAACGAUACUCCAAACUAAGCAGCAGGUACACUUAUACAAAUAUAUGAUAUUUCGUGACACAAAAAGUGGGAGUCGCUACAACAUCGGCAGUGUCUGAAAGCUGACAUAUUCGCCUCACUGACGUCUCUCUCCUGUCUAACCGCGUGACACCAAGGACGAUCAUCAAGGAUUAUGAUAAUAUUUCAUUCAAAUUCGAUCGUAGCUCGCAGUCACGACACUUUCGACGAUCAGCCUUUUCAUUAUCCGUAAUCGACGUUAUUCAACACACCUGGUUUCCUAGUUUCGAAUGAUGCUCGUACGAAUCAGUGAUCGUCAUAACACGUCUGUGGCCAGUUUGCCGAUGGUUCGACCGAGAUUCGACGCGGUCGAAUUCGCGGUUUGACGCGGGUUACCGCGUCGCCGUGAACGUCUAGAAGAUGCAGCAGGGUAGCGUGGGUGACGGGGACUCGGCCCCGAGGAAUUCACCGAAAAACUCCAACUUGAGCGACGCCGACGGUCGUAUUCGAAUUAAAGUCGAGGCGCCGGAAUCGACGGAGGUAUUCGACCUUAAACGAGAGCCUCAAGACGAGUACCAUACAGUCCAGCAUGAUUACCAUUACGACAGAAAACCAAUCGUUCCUCCAACGAAGCUCGAUGGUAGUUCCGAGAUCGUCAACCAAUGUCAGCCACCGCAUCAAAUUUAUCCGCGACCGGUUACAACUGCACUCCCGAAUUCUUAUGGUUUCCCACAUUUUUAUGGACCGUCAGCGAUGCUGCCUCCGUCGUUUCAUAGCUCUAGACCAUCUUCGGAUCGACCGAUUGGGAAGAUCGACGAGCAUGAGCACGAACAGGAACGUUACAGAGUGCCCGUGUCCAGUGUGGCCACCAGUGACAGUGUUUAUCUGCAUCAUGAUGCUCAUAGAUACGAGAUCGGUGAUUAUCACGGGAAAGGAUAUUCAGGAAUACCUUAUGCCGCGUUUCGGCCUUCGAUACAGCAGCGUACUGCGGUAUACGCUAGUCAUCAUAAUAACAGUGGCUAUAGGGUUGCGCAGUAUCAAAAUAGGAAGCGCAAGUGGAGCGGUGCUGCGCUCCGUGGAAUGCCGCCGUCGAUGCCAUGGCCAACGUGGUUUUAUCGGCCAGAUUUCCCUCUCGGUACAUCACUACCCACCAGUCACGUAUCAAACGCCAGCAGUGUUCCUACUUCGUCGCCUUUGUACUCCAGGACCCACUCGCAAUCGGAGGCUCCCAAGGCUCCUGACUUUCUCGAUAGCAGCAAAAUUCACGGACAAACACCGACGAUAUGCACGUCUAUCAAAUGCACUAUCAAUGGAUGCUCCUGCGAUUCGUUCACUCCAGGGAAGCGACAUAUCCGCUACUGCGACAGGUGCCACCACGGAUGGGUGCCACACGCGCUGGCGCGACUGUCGGCUGGUGGGGAUGUCGUCUCCAGCCCCCGUGCCACUGGUAGGGAGGACAAAAGCGGCGGAGGGAGGGUAAAGCAGGCGACGCCGACGACCACGGUGACGACGACGACGACGACGACCGCCGCCGCGGCGUCGAGGGAAGGAGGAGGCGGUGGCGGAGGUGGCGGCGGAGGUGGAGGUGGCGAUACGAGUGGCAGUGGUGGGGGAGCGACGACCGGUGGGGGCAGCUGUGGUGGGGAUAGGAACGGUGGAGGUGGGGGUGGCGGUGGUGGUGGUGGCAGUGUUGGUGGUGGAGCCGAUGUCGCGGAGAAGGAGGAGAGGCCACCGGCUUCAGAGAGUGUCGAGCCGACGGCCGCGUUUGACGUCGCAUCUCUCGUACUCUACGGCUCGCGCGCACUACCGAUCCGCCUUAAGAUCUUGCUCGAUCAGUUGUUCAACCAGUUGCAGCACGCGCAAGUGACACGUUUACUAGCCGCUUUCGGCUGGACGUACGAGGAUUACACGCGGGGAUACAUACUGCAGGAUUCGCAGAACGGCCCGGUGCUGGACCGAUGGAGCAUCUGCUCUCCUGAAGAGGAGCCGCUGGUACUACAGCAGUUCCUCAGAUUCGCCGAGACGCGUCCAUUCGUGCAGCAGUUGCUGCUGGCCGCCGGGACGCCGGGGACGGAUGCUAUGUCACCAAGCAGACGACCUUCGCCGCCGACGAUGCCACUAGCACAUUUACCACCACCUCUACACCUACUCCACUGCGGUCUCCCGCCUCCAGGCUCGAGGUUGCCACCUCCUCUGCCACCACCGCCGCCGCCACCCUCCGUCUCGCAUCCGUCGAUGUCGCCCACGGCCCAAAAACACUACUCAUCUUCGUCCGGUGGAAACUCCGCAGCGGGGGUGACGAGUAACGCGAAUUCACCCCCGAGAAGUCUAGAUUCCCAUCUAACGGUAUCACCGCUCAACCGACUGCAGAGCAUGCAGCCAUUCGACUUUCGGAAGCUAGGAACCUUAGGACUGCCAGCGUUCCCACCUCUCCCACCACCACCGUCGGCCGAGCAGCUGUUGCAAAAUAGAAAAUCCAUGAGAAAUCCACAGAGCCCGCACAGUCCGCCCCACCAUUCGAGCAGCAACCAGCUCCAGAGGCCUCACAUGCCGCCCGUAGCGCCUGUCUCUUCUUCCGCGCUUAAUUUCGGACAUCCGCUCUCGGUGGCGGUGUCUUCUGGUGCUCUUCCACCCAGUUUCCCUACUCAUUUUCCACCACCGCCAAUGGGCAAGUCGUCAGGCUCGGUGACAGGCAUGACGGCGCCCGCGGACGUGCACAGCGGAGGCGAGAAGAGCAGCGAGUUUGGUUCGGAGGAAGACGAAGAGGACGACGAGAAUUCGGACAGCGCGUUGAACCUCAGCAGGCGCGACUCCAUGUCUAAGCACGUUACCGAGCAGCGACACCCUCCUCCACUACCUCUCCAAGCUGCUCCUUUAGGCAGGCCACCCGGAAUCCCCGGAAGAAAGCCCCACUCGCCAGGCAAACGGCCGGGCAGCCAAUGGGGCGCGUCCGCCAAUAUCCCUCCGAACCUCGGUACUCCAUUCAUCAAUCCUACCACCGGGAAGAAAAGAGUGCAGUGUAACGUCUGUCUGAAGACCUUCUGCGACAAAGGCGCGCUCAAGAUCCACUUCAGCGCGGUACAUCUACGCGAGAUGCACCAGUGCACCGUGAAGGGAUGCAGCAUGAUGUUCAGCUCGAGGCGAUCGCGCAACAGACACAGCGCCAAUCCAAAUCCAAAACUGCAUUCGCCUCAUCUGCGACGGAAGAUCUCGCCGCACGAUGGCCGCUCAUCCAUGGCGCACGCGCUCGUUUUACCACCCCAAGUGGGUCUACCUGUUCCAGCUACCGGUCUCAACCAUCUUCCCUUCGGUUCCUUUCCGUUGCUGACUCCACCUCCCGAUCUUCGAUCGCCAGCUUCGCUGUGCGGCCUCGACUUCAAACACCUGGACUUACAGUCUCAGAGUCAAGGUAGACCGGGCUACGACGAGGCUCUACAGCAGAGGAUGAGCGCGAACGCGGGUAUUUCGACGACCACCGCGCUGACUACCGCGGGCGUGGCGAUGACGACCGCUGCAGAGACGCCCAACACCACCGCUGCAGCUAGAGGAUCUUUCUCUAGCAACAGCGUGGUCGACACGGUGUCACCCUCCACUCAAGCCUCUACUGCGGCAGUAGAAGGGGAAGAAGAGGAAGACGACGACGACGGAGGUAUCGUAGUUGUGGCGGAAGACGACGCGAGCAACCUGCCCUCUAGGCUGCCUCUGCGUCCCGGAGAGGACGACGAUGAGCAGCCAGCCGACUUUAGUUUGGCAAAGAGACCGAAAUUGUACUUCGGCGAUCCGACUGAGGAGGAUCUCGCGAGCAACGCGGACAGCAACGAGGACAACGACUCGAUGGGCACGAUCGAUCAACAGAGCUACUCCGUGAGCCAGAACUCGAUGAACUCGACGUCCUUGCACAGCAGAGGCGUGCGAAAGAGGAAGUCUCAGCAUCCUACUCGAUGCGCCGUUCUAACCGAGGUUCACUCUUCGUCCACAGACGGAGAUUCGUCCAACGACGAGGAACGAGUACAAAGACGUUGUCUGUCGGAGGGUGCAGGAAUGUCGGCGAUAAACGACUUCCAGAGCCAACCGGAGGAUAUGUCCAUGUCCAGAUUGGAAGCAGAGGAGCGGAAAAUCUCUCCGAGUUCUCCAAAGAAUCUGAGCUUCAACGACCACGAGUCGAGCUCCCGUUCGCCCGAAACGUGCAACGCAAGGGAUGGAACGCGGACGAACGGUGGCGGUGGUAAACGCGAUACGGCGUCGUCGCAGGAGAACGUGGAAGAUCUAUCUCAGGACGAGCCGCGGGAUCUGAGCUCGAGAGCGAGCAGCGUGAAAUCGCCGAAGAGGCAAAUCAGUCCAGAGCCAAAGACGUGCCACGAGCCGGCGGAAACUCGUGCUACAGAAGCCGGCUCAAUUUCCGUGGCUUCGAUCGGCCAGAAAGAUCCGAAUUCCUCCGAGUUGGCCGACCGACGGAAGAGCGAGAGCGAGGAGGCAACUAAGGAAGACGAAACAACGACGAGAGUGUCGUUGAAAAAGGAGAAGGAGCCAGAGGAGAAGGCGAAGGAAGAAGAGAACCAGGAGGAAGGUGAUGAUGAGGAGGAUGAGCCGAUGGAGGAGGUCGAGGAGGAUGAUGAUGAUGAGGAGGUGAACGCGGCGCUGCGUAAUCAAGAAGGUGAGCGUCCCGAUGAUCCCUCCCGUGCCCCGAGCUCGGUCGACAGCCGUCCGACGACAGCCGACGACCUCUCCCACGACUCCUCGACCAACACUUUGCGUCAACUCGAGUCCUUGUCGCAGGGUCGCGCGAUGCAGUACACCGGGAUGCAGCAGGCGGCUUCGAGGUCUGGCCGCGGCUCUACCAGCCCCGUCAGCCUCACGACGCACCAGGAGACCACCAUGGACAAUUCCUCACGUGGCUCUCGUUCAUCCAGCGCCUCACCCUCCACAGCGGCCAUGGAUACGGACAAUAGCCUUAUCACCUAUGCCCGUUACGAGAACGGUGGCUUUGUCAGCACCCAGGAGGUUCCCUUGGACCGGGAGAAUCCGCGCCGAUGUACGGCCUGUGGCAAGGUGUUCCAAAACCAUUUUGGGGUCAAGACGCACUAUCAGAACGUCCAUCUAAAGCUGAUGCAUCGCUGCAGCGUGGACGGUUGCAACGCAGCCUUCCCCUCCAAGAGGUCACGCGACAGGCAUUCGGCUAACUUGAACCUCCAUCGAAAACUCCUGUCCACGUCGUCGAGUCCGCCUAUGUCGUCCAGCUUGCCACCAAGCUUAUCACCCAGAGUAGACGAUACCCAGAUGAAUCCGUUGUUGCACAACGAGUUCCUCGCGAGAUUAUACACGGACGCGGGCAUCGGUGCUCUCGGAGCUUAUCCUCUCACACCUGGACUACCGUCUGCCGUUGAUCUGGCAGCCAGAAUACCGCCCCCGCAUCCUCUUUUACUGCCACCUCACUUGGGAGCUACCUUCUCCGGCCUGUCCUCGUUCGCCUCUCACCUGGCUGGUCUGAACGGGCUUACUCACCAGCAUCUCAACCACUUGACCAGGAUGUCGCAGGACCAGGGGAACAGGCAUCCUCCUGGAUCAGGUUCGCCAAUGUCCUCGCCGGGUUCCGAGGACCGAAAGGAAGAAGCCAGAUGCACGAUCCCUGGCUGCGAUCGGGUGUUUGGCUCCAGAGCGGUCAGGGACGCCCACUCGAAAGACCCACAGGCUCAUCGCGACUUAUCGGUUCUGUCGACCAGCGGCUCGUGACCGAUCUCCUUCCGCGGACGCGACUAUUAUCCCUUACUGUGAUGCCAAAACUGCGAUCGUCGAUGAUCUCGAUCGGAACAGGUCAGCGGAAGACUUGGCUCGCGACUUUGACCGAGUAUAUCCAGUCGUUCGACGAAAACGUGCAAUAUCGUGGAUCCGAUACCUUCUAAAGAACCGGAAUCUUGCCACCCACGCGGCUUCGAUAAUUCUGUCGUAGUCGGUCUCGAGCACAAAGCCGAUCUCGUCGCGGUUCGAUGGUUGCCGGACACGUUCAGCGAAAGUACUUAAGAAGCAGGACCCAGGUGAUUCGAAUCGACCGUUUCAUUCAAGAAUCUUGCCAGCGACAGUGACGUCAUCCUCUGGGGCAACCUGGGAUGGUAACUGACGCGUUCCAAUCCCGGUUCUCGAGUUAGUUUUCGUGCAAACGCAAGGUGCUCCAAUCUAGUCAAUUCGGAAACCCUCGGCCACGCCGCUGGAAUCGGAAAAAUCGUCCACCUCGCCUAUGUAGCCGCGCUUGAUCGGACAGAAUCGUUCUUCGAGGUCGACGAACGAAAAGUCGGAAUACACGAAAGUCUCCGAACGAUCGAAAUUCGUAAGUCUACGAAUCGAGAGCCUAGCGUGGGAGGUACGUCCGGUCCCGUGAAGAUUCCUGUUCCAAUUCGCGUGUCACGGAGCAUCAAACGAAAAAGAGAAAGCUGGUCGACUGAGGAGAGAUGUUCAGCGAAUCGAGCUAGUUCCUCUGCUCGCUUCUUUCCCUGAUGAUCGAAGGGGCGGUAGAAGGAGGAGACGAAUGAAGGGAGUGUGGAGGUUAGAUGAAAAAUGGAGCGACAAAUGGAAAGAUCGAACGCGCCCUCGUUUCGGUCUUCCGGCUGAUUUUAUCAUCGUUGUGAUAAACGUAACGUUUAGUAUAAAUAUGCCACUUAUUUAAUCAGUAAUCAAUUACUACUGCUGUAUAUAUAAACAUAGUACCUUUUUUCGAUGUAUCGCGUAAUUAAUCAAUUAAGCUACUUCGAUGCGACCGAUGCUACACGAAGGAACGGAGAUGAUGACGAUAGUUUUGUAAAGGAGAACCGAUCCGGGCCGGGAUAUCGAACCGAUCCAAGACGACGCGCUACGCGUUCACUGUCGGCUACGCUAUAGAUAUUAAAGUGCCCAGAACUCUUAAUCCUCUCAUCGUUAUUCGAAUCUUUAAAUACGAAUCACAAUGUUUUUUUACUGCCUUCGUCCGCGUAUUGCGAUUCACGUGUAUAAUUCCAAAAAAUCAACGCAUCAAGUACCCUAAAUCAUCUUCGAUCCUAGAUACCGACACAGUUCUAAACACAGCCCAGAUUACUUCUUAACCCAUUUGCAUGCAAGCGCGGAUUAAUCCGCGCGCUGCGACUGUCUUCUAUCACCAAGCGCGGAUUAUUACGCGCGCUGCGACUGUCUUUUUAAAUUUCCAUUUUAAUCUAAAUAAUGUUUUUUUAAAUAAAUAAUUUUUAUUUUUUCCCUCUGUUAUAAAGAAUGUAAGAUGCAACGUUUGCGAAGUAAUAUCAUCUAGCUAUCAUUUUGAACAUUAAAUUUUUCAUAAACUCCAUGAAAAAUUCGGAUGUCAUUUACUGCACCUACGAACGACCGCGCGCGGUGAUAGGGCCAGUCCUCUGAAGUAGAGCAUGAUGCAAAUGGGUUAAAUACUAUCCUUCGAUGCUAAACGCUUUCAAACACUCCUAAUCGGCAGUGAACGCACCGAUACGCAAAACAACGAGUAAAGAAUGAUAAAAAGGAAUAAUCGAGUGUAGAGGUCCGAAGUGAUCGUCGCGGCGAGCAAAACGGCGGGCAAACAGAUCGAUCGCUGAAUCAAAGCUUACGUCGUCUCGCGCUAGAUAAAUGAGAAUAGAUAGAUUUUAUUUAUUGUUUCCUAGGGAUCCUAUACGAGAACACACGCUGUACCAGCGGCCAGUAGCGGGCACUGCCGCGGAGAUUUCCUUCCUACGUCAUCGAACGAUCGCCUGUCGUUCGAUCGUAGUCGAUCGUCGAUCGAUCGUAUUGGAAAUAAUCGAACGAAUUCGGGGAAACACGAGAAAAAUACGAAAAAAAAAAAAAAACGUGGAGGAAAUUUUGUACGACGUUCGAACGACGAUCGACCGUCGUUUCUUUCUUUUUUCUUUCCGUUGUACAUACAUUGUAUACCUUAUUUUCGUAGUCUGUGCACGUGCGUGUGAGUAAAA